ACCAAAGUCACGGGUGCUGCAUUUGGAUUGAAACUCAGCCCGGCUCUGACGAAGCUCUGCCCCUCACAUGACUCAUCAAGACACACCAGGAAACACAAUCUAUUUAUUGAUUCUACGUCAGAGAGAAGAGACAGAAGAAGUAGCUUCAGCACAAAAGCCAACACUGGAAGUACUGGGAAUACUGGGUAAAUUACACUUUAAAUUGGAUCAUUUUAGCAGCUGUGGUUUUAGAUUCGGUCAGAGACAAAUAUGUCAAAGCCUCUCUGCAGUCUGCAUAAAGAGAAUCUCAAACUCUUCUGUUUGAACCAUCAGCAGCCAAUCUGUCUUGUCUGUAGAGCCUCAGAAAUUCACACUGACCACAGAUUGAAACCCAUCGAUUAAGCUGCUCGAGACCUCAGGGAGAAACUUCAAGAAUCUCUGAAAACUCUGCAGGAAAAGUCGGAGGUUUUUAAAAACGCUCAAGUUGAGUUUCAUCAAACGGCACAACAUAUUAAAAUCCAGAGUCGACACACAGAGACUCAGAUUAAAGAGCAGUUUAAGAAGCUUCACAGGUUUCUAGAUGAAGAAGAAAAGCUCAGCAUCGCUGCACUGAGGGAGGAAGAAGAGCACAAGAUUCGGAUGAUGAAGGAGAAGAUGGAGGCUCUGAGCAGAGAGAUAAAAACUCUUUAUGACAUAAUUGCAGCCUCAGAGAUGGAGUUGAAAGCUGGAAAUGUUUCCUUCAUACAGAAUGGCAAAACUGAAAGGACAAAAGAAGACACAGAGGACCAGCUGAUAAAAAAAGAAGCUACAGAAAACAAGUUAACAGAAAACAAGUUAACAACUAAAGAUGCUACAGAGGAUGAGUUAAAAACUAAAAAGGAUACAGGGGACAAGCUUAAAGCUAAAGACUUUACAGAGAACAAGGUAACAGCUAAAGAGGCUACGGAGGACAAGCUAACAGCUAAAAAGGCCACGGAGGACAAGCUAACAGCUAAAGAGGCUACAGAGGACAAGCUAACAAUUAAAGAGGCUGCAGAGGACAAGCUAACAACUAAAGAGGCUACAGAGGACAAGCUAACAGCUAAAAAGGCCACGGAGGACAAGCUAACAGCUAAAGAGGCUACAGAGGACAAGCUAACAACUAAAGAGGCUACAGAGGACAAGCUAACAACUAUAGAGGCUACAGAGGACAAGCUAACAGCUAAAGAGGCUACAGAGGACAAGCUAACAGCUAAAGAGGCUACAAAGGACAAGCUAACAAUUAAAGAGGCUACAGAGGACAAGCUACCAUCUAUAGAGGCUACAGAGGACAAGCCAACAAUUAAAGAGGCUACAGAGAACAAGCUAACAACUAAAGAGGCUACAGAGAACAAGCUAACAGCUAAAGAGGCUACAGAGGACAAGCUAACAACUACAGAGGCUACAGAGGACAAGCUAACAGCUAAAGAGGCUACAGAGGACAAGCUAACAAUUAAAGAGGCUACAGAGGACAAGCCAACAAUUAAAGAGGCUACAGAGGACAAGCUAACAGCUAAAGACUCUACAGAGAACAAGCUAACAGCUAAAGAGGCUACAGUGGAUGACAUUAGCAAGCUAACAGCUAAAGAUGUCUCACUUCUACAGAACUACAAGGCUGCAAUUGACAAAGUCCAGCAGCACCUCCUGCUGGAGGAUCCAGAACUUGACCCAGGAGCCCUGUUAGAUGUUGCCAAACAUCUGGGCAACCUAAGCUUCUACACCUGGAUCAGAAUGAAGGAAGUGAUCUCGUACAGUCCCGUGAUUUUGGACCCAAACACGGCCGAUCGAGAACUCAUUUUGUCUGAAGAUCUGACCAGCGUGAGGUGGGUAAAGAGUGACCAGCUUCUUCCUGAAAACCCGGAGAGGUUCGGUUUGUACGUGUCUGUCCUGGGCACCGAGGGGCUGUACUCUGGGACUCACAGCUGGGAUGUGGAUGUCGGAGACAACACGGAGUGGGUUCUUGGAGUGUUGCAGGAGUCUGAGCGGAGGACAGGGAUCAUUCAGUCUGGACUGUGGACCGUUUGGUUCUGUGAGGAUGUAUUUAGGAUUUUCUCUCCACCGGAGCCGUUAGCUGUCCUCCCAGUGAGGACAGCGUUCAGGAGAAUCAGAGUGAAUCUGGACUGGGACGCAGGGAAGCUGUCGUUUUCUGAUCCAGAUACUGACACACACAUACACACCUUUAACCACACUUUCACUGAGAAGUUGUUUCCAUAUAUUAACACUUGGAAAGGACCUCCAAUGAAGAUUUUACCAACAAAGAUCUCUGUAACUACAUGUUGAUGUCAAGAUUAUGGAAAAUGUACCUUGAGUCUUGAUACAAUAACUUGUAGUUUUUUCAGCAUAUGUAGAAAGAUCAUCUUCUGUAGUCUGACUGCUUGUUGACCUUGUUACAAACAUUUUGCAAAGAGGAAAGCUCUGCCUUGAGUUGACUAUUAUGUCAAGAAAUGAACAAGGCUUUUAACAGCUACUGCAGCAGGGUUCGUUUUGACAGCUACUUUAGAUUUAGUCUUAGUCUUGAGACGAAAAUGCUUAUUAGCUUUACUCACAUUUUAGUCAUUUUUGUCCUUCAUAGUUUUAGUCUAGUUUUAGCUGACGAAAAUUCGUGACAUUUUGGUCAACUUUUGGUCAUUAUGUUUUCUAUGUUUUUUUUUUUAUCUUUAAACUAAUCCAGUGAGGCUAAUUCAUGCGUCAGUUAUUAGAAUCAAGGUAACAGGUUGUUUAAAAAUUAUAUUAGACAUUUUCUUUUUAUAACUACAAAUAAUUUCUACACAUUUACAAACUUCAGUUUCUCCAGCAGUUCUUGACAGGAUUAAGGGGAGAUUUACGAGCACACAAUUACCGAUCAUCAUUUGAAAAGCUCAACAUCUCUCUAUUUAUGGUUUAAAAGACAUUGACACCACAAAUAACUAAUCUGAGACAACUUUUGGUUCAUUGUAAACACUGACUUAUUGAUUUUUUUUUUAUCAUUUUAUUUUAAAUGAAAAUAGGUUGUCUUUAACCAUUUAGCACUGGAAAGUCUGUGUGUCUCUUAUGCUGUGUUUUUUUCUGUAUUGUUCCUGUGUGUUGUUUUGUUUGCUUUGAACAGACUGUGAAGUCAAAAAUCCCUCUGGGACAGUAAAGUCUAAUCUAAUCUAUUGAUCUCACUGCAGAUUUUUAUUUUUUGGUUCUAGUUAAGCUGCUCCAUAAUCAACACAACAACUUAAAGCAAGAAAUAAAAGCUGAUUAAAUCAUAUAGCUCCAUCCCAACUUUCUCUUCUCAAAGAGCAACAUUCCAUAACUAACCUUUUGUCAUAAUUACAACAUCUGCAUUAAAAAAAGGUCAAGUGUGUGGGAAUUAGUGGCUUUUAGGGGUGACAUAGGUUGUAGAUUGCAACUUCUCAUUUGCGAAGCCUGUUGGAAAACUAGAGCAGCCCAUGUAAAAAUGAAAAUGGGCCUAUCUAGAGCCAGUGUUUGGUUUUUCUGUUCUGGGCUACUGUAACAACAACAUGGUGGAUUCCGUGGAGGAGGACCUAUAUGUAGAUAUAAUUGGCUCAUUCUAAG